AUGCAGAACAGUGCUGAAAAGGUGGAUUGGACGGAUUGGAUCUGGAAUAGAUAUAACAUCCCCAAAACUUCUUUUAUAGUUUGGCUAACUAUGCUUAACAAACUCAAAACCAGAGAUACUCUGAUGAAAUUGGGAAUUAGUAACACUGAUAGAUGCCUUCUAUGUGAUGCUGCAGUGGAGAGUCAUAAACACCUAUUUUUUGAUUGUCAGUAUAGUAGAAGAUGCCUGCUGCUAAUAGGGAAAUGGCUUGGAGUCAGAGAAGUCCAUUUUGAUAUUCAGAAAACAUGGAAGCACUGGAAGAGAUGUUUCAAGGAUCCAAUUUUCAGAAAGAUCAGUUUUGCUAGUCUUGCAGAUUUAGUGUAUCAGCUUUGGUCUGUUAGAAAUACUGCUUUCUGGAACCAUGCUAUUCAGAUUCCUGAGAUCUUAUGCCAUAAGGUUUGCUCAGAAGUUGUAGAUCGUUUCCACCAACUGAUCAACCAGAAGUGGAAGAGAAAGCACUGUCAAUGGUUGAGGAAAUUAAGGAAUACUAUGCCUUCCUGA